AUGGAUUUCUUGUACGCUUCGGCGGAAGUGCACACGCUGCCGCCGCGAAAACGCUUGGCGUGCGUGCUGCGAGACGUGGCGCACUCGCCGACGGAUUUGGGGAGUAAGAAGGCGCGUCUCGCGGGGGAGGCGUACGUGCGAACGGCGCUGCGGGACCCGCGGUUGUUGGGCAAGGCGUUGGAGAUCGUGAGCGAGGAGCGAUACGAUGUGGACGGAGGCAGUAGCGAUAGAGAAAACGGUGGCGCGUCGGCGUCGACGAAGAGUAAGAAGGGACCGCGGAAUAUGAGCUCUUCGUCGCUCAACACGGCGACGGCGACGACGGAGAAGAAGAAGAAGAAGCUGUCGACGAAACGCGAUCGCUCGACGACACAGGCGUUGAAAUCUGACGAAGAUGACGACGACGAUUCUAACGCGGAACCGAAAGAGUUGACGGACGAACAGAUGGCGAUGAAGUUGCACUUGGAGAUGAACGCCUCGCCGCGCAUGAGCAGAGGCUCUUCGCGGUCGACUCAAAUGCUCACCGGGCGCGCGCUCUUCGGGUAG